GCUAUUGCGAACGAACGUGUUUUCUGAUUUCAAAUAUCAGAAUUUUAAGCCACGUUUUGAGAGCCUACCAUGGCAGUAUCCUGCCCUGAAGUAAUGUACGGUGCUUAUUAUCCAUAUUUAUAUGGCCGUGCUGGACCCAGUCGCUCAUUUUAUCAAUAUGAAAGGUUUAACCAAGACUUGUAUUCAUCGUCGGGUGUACAAUUGGCCUCAUCGAGUGCCUCGGGCAGUUCACAUUCACCCUGCAGUCCCAUUCUACCGCCAUCGGUGAGUGCAAAUGCAGCGGCGGCAGCUGUUGCCGCUGCCCACAAUACAGCGGCUGCUGUGGUUGCAGCAGCGGCCCAAACUGCAAAUCAUGCCUCCUCAUCCUCUAGUUUAAGUGCAAAUUUACCCUUGAGUGCGGGUAGUAAUGGUAGCGGAGCUGGAGCCGGCGGUGGUGGUGGUGUUCCCAGUAGUAGUCAUGGCGGUAGUCUGGUCGGCAAUGUUGGUAUAGGUUUGGGUUCAAAUCUGUCAGGAUCUGGAGUGGUACAUGGCGGAGCGACGACGGGUGGCGGUCUCAUGGGUCCCAGCAGCCUAGGCAAUACGUUACACAGCAGCGGCAGCCGAACACAUACCAAAGAAGAAGAUCUGGGUUCAGUGGCGCGCAAUGAAGCUGAAGCACGUUUAGUUGGCGGCCAUCAUCAUCAUAAUGAGUCAUCUUGUUCCUCUGGUCCCGAUUCUCCGCGCCAUCAUUCUAUGCACCCUAGCGGUGGUCCUGGUCCCAAAGACAUGGCCCUGGACACAUCGGGCAGCAUAAAUGCCGGUCAGGGGAGAGCACAGUAUUUAUCAGCAACCUGCGUCGUAUUUACAAAUUAUUCCGGUGAUACAGCUAGCGUGGUGGAUGAACAUUUCUCGCGAGCUCUUAAUAGUAGUAAAGAUACCACAACUCCUAUGUCUACGCGAAAUUUCCCACCUUCAUUUUGGAAUAGCAAUUAUGUGCAUCCUGUUACAGCCACCACACAUCCUCAGAUGAGCGACUUGUAUUCAUCGGAGGGUGGUUAUGCCACAGAUCCCUGGGUACCUCAUGCCGCUGCCCAUUAUGGCACCUAUGCUCAUGCCGCCCAUGCCCAUGCAGCCCAUGCUCAUGCCUAUCAUCAUAAUAUGGCCCAAUAUGGUAGUCUGCUGCGUCUGCCCCAACAGUAUAGCCAUAGUUCAAGACUGCAUCAUGAUCAACAGACAGCACAUGCGCUCGAAAGUGCUGCCGCCUACUCUAGUUACCCCACAAUGGCCGGUCUAGAAGCCCAAGUUCAAGAAUCCUCAAAGGACCUGUAUUGGUUCUAAAAUAAAAACAAAAAAACGGAUGGACAAAUACUUCUUCAUUGCAAUGGAAGAUGGAACUGAUGACCAAUAA